AUGAAAUUCUCCACCACCACCAUCCCACUCUUGACAUUAGUUUUCAGCGCAUUGAGUUAUGGAGCCGUGACAGGAACAGUAUCCAGUGGUGGCAAAACCGUGCAUUUUGGUGAAAUCGAUACACAAGAGAUUAAGGUAUUGCCCAUUGAAUCUGGAAAAGAUGUCAUUGAUAUAAAGCUCAAAAAUGACCAAUUGGAUGGCCCACCUGAACAAAUUAUGCUUAGUUUGAGCGAUACUCAAAAAUCAAGUCUAGCUACUCAUUAUGUCCCACUGGUGAGUGGAGCUAGCAUUAAAUACAGUAUCAAAGCAAGCUCAAUUCCUAAUGUUUUGUUAUCAAGGAACCAACUCACCUUGAGUCUCAUUAUUGGAGAUGGUACUGGAAAACCCAACUUGAUCAAAAGAUUGGUUGACAUUAAACCUUCUUUGGAGAUAACUAAACCUACCAAGAAUGAAAAAAAAAUUGGCUUUGGCAUCCAGCCAGAGAUUCAUCACAUUUUCAAAGAGGAUGCAAAGACCGUUAACCCAAUUGUACCCAUUGCUUUUAUUGUGAUCGCUUCUGCUACAUUUUUAUCGCUUCUCAUAUCAUGGGUUAGUUUCAUUGGAUUGAAUGACCUUUUCAAAACACUCAAAUCAACUACAGGUGGUCAAUUGUUACAAAACAUUGCUUUCUUGAUCAGUUUGAUUGGAUUUGAAUUUAACUUUUUCAAAUACUACUUGGGCCAAUCAAUAUUCACAACAUUGUUUUACAGUUUCAUUUUGGGCCUUAGUGCUAUCUAUUUUGGAUCAAGCGUCUUGAGAUAUUUGGCUCAAAAUCGUGCAUUGGGUAAACAAUAG